AAUCAAAUGCGAUAUUGCGAUAAACAGCUUUAUUUAAAUUCCUAUGAGUGAAGGUCAUUUUAUUUAGGAGCGCCUCAGAGUUAGUUCGGAGUUAGAGGAAGGAGCAUAACAUUGUUCGAAAAGAUAUCAGAUAAAGUUGAUAAGUGAAGUGAAUUGCGCGUCAGUUGUGAAUUGUGAUGUAAACAUGCAGUCUAUACGAAAAUCUGCGUGUGUCGCUGUUACAAAGAAUUUCAACAGGACAGUGACAGUUAACAGUGCGAUAAGUACAGAGAAUGCGCAAUCAAAGCCAUGGACGUCAAUACCGGGGCCAAAACCUUGGCCCAUUGUGGGGCAACUACCCCAUUUCUUGCCUGGAGGAAUGCUCGCUGAUCCAAUAAAAAUGCCAGAGGUGCUUUACGAAAAGUUCGGUCCAAUUGUGAAGUUCGAAGGAAAAUUUGGUUCACCAACCCUCAUUUUCUUACUGGAUGCCGAAGCUUCUGCCCAGAUUUUACGGAAUGAAAAUUGGAUGCCUGCUCGCCCGGGGUUUGCCAGUUUUGAACACUACAGAAAGCGGAAGAACAAGAAUAAUCCGGACGAGCCGACCGGCCUUUUGACAGAUCACGGAGAGGCUUGGAGGAAGUUCCGAACAACGGUGAAUCCGAUUUUGCUGCAUACAAAAACAAUAAAAUUGUAUAGCAAAAUUCUAGAAGAAGUCGCUGAAGACAUGGUCACCAGAAUGAAACACUUACGUAAACCAGAUAAUACUAUAGAUGGAAAACUCGAUAUUGAAAUGAAUCUUUGGGCAUUAGAAUCUAUUGGCGUGGUUGCUUUAGGAGGUCGGCUAAAUUGCUUCGAUCCAAAUUUACCUGAAGACUCACCAGCAAGAAGACUCAUACAGACUGUUCAUGAUAUUUUCAAAAUGGCUGACAAAUUAGACUUUAAGCCAAGUUUGUGGCGGUACAUUGGUACUCCAAACUACUAUAAAGCCAUGAAGUGCUAUGAAGAUCAAACAAAUUUGAGUCGAUACUUUAUCAAUCAAGCACGAGAACAAUAUAAAACUAAGGACCAUAAAUCGAAUGAUGAAAAAGGAAUUCUUGAGAAGCUUCUAGAAAUUGACGAGAAUGUUGCUACUAUAAUGGCGGGUGACAUGUUACUCGCUGGUGUUGAUACGGCCGCGAACACAAUGCUAGCGACGUUCUAUCUACUUGCGAAAAAUCCCGAGAAGCAAAGCAAAUUAAGAGAAGAAAUUUUAUCCCGUUCAGAACAAAAACCAUACUUGAAAGCUUGCAUUAAAGAAUCGCUCAGAGUUAAGCCCGUAGUUUCUGGAAAUUUGAGGGCAACAUCAAAGGAGUAUGAUAUUUUGGGAUAUAGAAUUCCUAAAGAUAUGUAUGUGACAUUUGGACACCAAUUCCUAUCAAUAUCUGAGGAUCAUUUCCCGAGAGCGAAGGAAUACAUUCCAGAACGUUGGCUUGUUGAUAAGACAGACCCACUUCACUAUAGAAACGCCCAUCCGUUUGCAUAUAACCCAUUCGGCUUUGGAGUCAGAAGUUGUAUAGGUCGGCGUAUAGCGGAGUUAGAAAUAGAAACCUUUCUCUCGAAGACCAUAGAAAACUUUGAAAUAGAGUGGUUGGGAGGGGAGCUCAAUGUGCGUCCAGCUUCUCUGAACUACAUCGUGGAACCUUUUAACUUCAUUUUUAAAGAUGUUUAAAUUACAAUACUUUAGGAGCAAAAUACUUUAUAUAAACUGAUGCAUUUAUCAUUUGAAUAUUUCAGUACUAUUACUUUUAAACAUGAUGGUAUAUUUGCCCCAUCCAAUGAGGUACAGGGAAGACACAUUUCUGAGUCUUGUUCUUCUUGUUCUUGUUCUUUCGAGACGUACGAUAGUGGUGAUAAUCUAAAAAGAAUGACGUCACUGACGACUAGGCAACGAACAAAACAACAAAAAUAAUUAUUUUCAAUAUUUCUUUUCUCAUCAAUAAAUGAACUUGAAAUUGCAUCCUCUCAUAAUAUACAUACUACAUUUCAUAUUGCGAUACAAAUAUUAUAUGGUAACAUAAUUGGUGUCCAUUUCCACAUCUGGUAUAUUUGCACUAUAAUCUUGUCGUUUACAAACAUUUUAAAUAAAUCAACAUGUAUUCGUUGAUAACUGUUACACUUUAUAUUGGAUCGUAUAGAUUUAAACCAUUUCAUAUUUGUACAAAAAAUUCCAGCGAGCUUAUGGAAUGGUUGGAUUAAUAACACAGCUGCCUACGUCUUAUUUUAAUUAUUGAACAACAAGGCAGACUUCUACUUGCAGCACCCCUUUAUCCGUUCUUCCAAAGUUGUUUGAGUCUUUUUAAAAAUAUAUUAAGGUAAGAAAAUUUGCACCUCUGUGGCUAAAAACCUACGUAGCAAAAUAAUAAUAAAAAAACCAAAUACAUCACAGAGAAACCAACUUAGAAAUUAACGGAAACCAAAGUAGACUAUAAAUACACAUUUCUGUAUAUAUGUAAUUGAUUAUUUGACCCAGAUCUUCGUAAGUGGAAAUCCGCAUAUGCUGCGCGAUUGGGAUAUAAAUUAAAGGAAAUAGUGUAACCAAGUGUGAAUUAUAGCUAAUAAAUUCUCAUGUAAACAGAG